CGAUCAUUUCGGAUCUUUUCUCCACUCCGAGGAGAAGACGACACAACUGAAGCCAACGACCCAGUCUGAAACAGCCCAGGAGAUACUGGUACAGCAUCAAUGGAGGAAUAGCGAAGGCAUCUGACACUACUACUCGUACAAGUAGAUCCAAAACAACAGCAAAACGAAGUGAUCUCAUUGCAUGUGAGCGCUGAAGCUCAGCUCCCACCAUGGCGUCUACCAAGGAGAAUGAGGUGCUACCCACCACCGGCACUUCUGGUGGUGACACUAACGGUACCACAACUACAAGUACAUGUAGUGAUGACCAAAAGAUAUGCGAUGCGUGUGGCAAACCCGGUGAGAAUCUCUUGGCUUGUGCUCGUUGCAAACAGGCAUGGUACCACAACAAGAAAUGUCAAGUGGAUCACUUUCCCCACCACAAGGCCAAGUGCAAACAACUCGUCGCGGCCAUGAAAGCGCAACAACAAGCAACGCAAACACCCAACAAUCCACUCUUUGAGAUUGCCACAGUCGAUACCCCAGGACAACAAACUCUGGCGGAAGGUGUUCAAGUCAUUGAUACAGAAGACUUGGGCAAAGCCUGCAUUGCUACCCAAUCCUUUUCCAGUGGAGAUACCGUCCUCUUGGAACCACCGGCCAUUGUCUUUGACGAACGGUCCGGAUACAAGGGACUCUUUGAAGCCUACUUGAAGGCAUCUCCAACAACACAACAAAAGAUGCUGCAAAUGUACCGACCCAAGGAAGACGCUCUGGCACAAUUCAUGGACGACAAACGAAAGAAAAUAAGAACCAAACGAAAACAACUUCUAGUACAACAGUACGGACAGUUCAUCCAAGCCAAUCCACAGCACAAACAAGCACUGCCAUUGCCAUUGGCGGAUCAACUCAUUGGACUCGUCGAUGCCAAUGCACAUGCCUUUCAAGCCAAUCAUACCGUAGAUAUUGUCGCCACUUCCACCAACAAUGCCGUACCACACACAUACCAUGCAAUCUUUACUCUGGGAUCACGGGUCGAACAUUCCUGUUCGCCCAAUCUUACCUUUGUCACAAAGGGUGGAAAACUAGAGUACUUGGCCGAAAUUGCUAUUGCACCACAAGAACGACUCUCCAUAUCCUACCUAGGAUCUGUCUACGAACGUCCCCGCAAACAACGACAAGGAUUCCUACGAGAGAACAAAACAUUUCUCUGCAAAUGCACCCGUUGCAUGGGAUGGGACGAAUGCUCACCAUUGCGAUGUCAUGAUUGUAGUGGAGGCGUGCUAUUGCAUUCCGGUGCCCGGGAGCAAUGGGAAUGCCAACAGUGCGACAAAACAGUGUCGUCCUCCUCCACCGAUGAUAAUGAUACUGUCAGUCAACAAUUACGCGGCGAAGCGGAUUUGCAUGCCAAGAUCAAACGAUUUCAGUACAUACUGCAAUCACAACCCUAUCCCGAAAUGCUCGACGAGAUUCUAGAAGUGGUCCGGAAACCCAAAUGGACCAAGAUUUUGCAUCCCUUGCAUUGGCUCAAUGUUGAAGCGUACAAGUUGAUUAGUUCCGUCGCGACUUCGGCAGCUCGAUACUAUUACAACAAGGAAAACAACCACAAGAAUGGCAAACAAAGCAAAGCAAGUAGUAGUAGACAGUCGGAAAAGGCACCCUCCCUACUACGACUCUCCGCCUUGUCCACGCUACGACGGAUCCUGUGGACGGGGCGGAUUGCCGCCAUCAAUCGAGGUCUCAUGACAGUGCAAGAAGCGCUCGAAAAUGCCGCGACGGAAAACUUUAUACUGUUUUCACCGCAUUCCACGCGUCUGACCGAUGUCGAAACCGUCGUCAAGGACUUGUGCGACAAUCCACGGCAACAACACGAGUUGGGGUGUACCCUGGGAGUCUCUCCCGCCUUUCAUGCCGGUCAAGACUUGAUUGUGGCGGGACACAAGGAAUUGGCAUGGAAACUCUACAAACGAUUCGAAACCUCCUUUGAGAAUUGGAAAGGACUCAGCGACGCUAGUCGAGCCAAUAUCAAAGUCUUUCUGGACAGCAAUGGCGAAGACAAUCCAUUUGAAAACUUUCUCUUGCAAUGAUAACGAGAAAGAGGAGAAGGUUGUCGCUGGCUAUUUUACUUGAUUGGAUUCUGUCAAGCUGUACAAUGUAAGAAAUGGAUGCAGGAGCGAUGUCAUCUAAUACUGUAUAGCUACAGACGAAAGUAUCACACAGUAGCUAUAUUGACGAAGGAGAACCACCAUACAGGAAUGCCAGAGGGUGAUCGAAGAUGCAUUUUCAGCGUACAGCAAUCUACUAGCUUUUAGUCGUUGCUACAAGCGUCAUGAGCCAGUGCCAGUAGACUAACCACAGCACAGUCGCUUCGAAGUACCCUGUUUCCCAUGGUGAUUUGCUGAAAGCCAAGCUCCUGAAAUCGAUCCAAUUCCUCUGGCUCUUCCCACCCACCCUCCGGCCCAACGGCCAUCAAUAUUCGAGGGGUAGUUGUUGUCGAUGUUGGAAACUCCACGUUUCGCAUCCGCCUGAUUUCAUCGUCUUCCUUCCGUUGUGGAUGGGCUAUAACUCUUGCAUAGUCAGUCAAUGGAAACAUCUCGUCAAUAUCUUCUGCCAAGAAAUGCUUCAGAUUCUUGACAAUGGUUAUGUUAGGCAACCGAACAUCUCCCGCUUGGCAGAGGCCUUCAAUGAGCCGCUCUCGCAGCAAGUGCGGCUUUCGAAAGAGGUGCGAGCCAAAGUAAUCUUUGGGUACCUUUUUGGCCUGUGAUAAAAUCAAAUGGCUGACACCCAUUUGGGCGAUCAUGGGCAGCAUUCUGCCCAAUUGCAACGGCCGUGGUAAUGCCAGCAAUAGAGCUACAGUUGGCACUUGCGAGUCUGGACAAGGAGAGAGAUCCGACAAUUCAAUCCUGAGGGACCCUGGGGGAUUCCCAUUGCCCAAUGGCUCUGCCUUUUUUACUUUGCCUUCGGGAAUCCAUUCAACGACGGCAUGGUCAGUCAGAUACCCACCACUCCCGGUACCAUUUAGGUCCGAACAUCCAACCACUCCGGCCCGAAGCGUGUCGCCAUUGUGCAACCCCAAAAUUUUGGACGCAUGGAUUGUUCGAUAGUCGUCUUUGGAGAGUGUCACAUACUUUUUGGUAGCAUUGUCAUCGACGAGCACUUCUUCGGGGUCAAAUAGAAACCGAUUUAAAUGUCGUAUCUGAUGAUGUCUUGUCAAUGGGAUGCCUUUUCCAAAGCGUCCAUGAGCAGUAAAGGAAGCAGCCGACCGAAAUGCAAGGAACGACUGCAGGAUCAUUGACACCUGAAACAGAGUAAUCAGCUGCAUUAGUGGACGCUCAAUUCCCUGUUCGCCACGCAAUGCCAUUCUCAUAUCAUUGAUGAGGCACGAAUUCAAUCAAUUGGUGUGGUGUGAUCAAUCGAAUCGAGCUACCAGCCAGAAGACCGGUUCCAUUGCUCAAGACAGGUUCCAUCCUGGGUGGUCCCUGGAAUACCGUGGAACAGUUCUUUUUGAACCAGCUCCUGGCUGCCCUGAUACCGGCGGUUGAUGGUGUCCACGGAAAGCUCAGUGAUAAGCACCGCCAAACACUGAACAACAUCACUUCACAAACAAACCACCACCCCUUAUUUUUUCUUGUCACACCUCCCUCCUCUAAAGUAGAUGUACUUUGUCACUACCAUGGUAACAUUCAGAAGGUACUCCCCAUAACUACUUUGUCAAUAUGAACAUGCCUGUCGCAGCGGUUUCAUCUAGAAGUCGAUUUUGUGCCUGUGUAGUUACUCAGUGGAUAAUAAACUGGAGGAUACCAUUUUCUCUUGAUUUUUGACUUUCUGGCAUCAGUGGCCAUUGUGGAAGCCAUUUCAUAAGCCAAAACCAACUCUACAUUCCUCAGUGGCAAUACCAAUGGAGAAAAGGAAGUGUGGCAGGGAAUAAAGCACUUCCUGGGAUUCCUGAACAGUGAAUUUUUCAUUGGAGCAGUAGCCCGUCAACCGUCAACAACAACAAGACGAUCGAUCAAACGACAACCACGACUGCUACCGCUACGGCGACAACAACAAACAGUCGCUACUACCAUACUACUACUACAACUAGAAUUGGUCGCUGAACCCAAUACUGAUCUGCAAUCCUGUCGGCACUCUUGAUCAUUAUUGUUGGAAGCACCUCUCCUAUGAAGCCUCGGAUGAAAGCCAUAGAAGUUGGAAUAUACCACCAUCAUCAUGUAGUACACCCUCUAAGAGAAAUGUAGAAGUUUCUUUUCUUACAGUAAGCUCAUAAUGGU